GUUUGCCAGUUUUUGUUGAGAAUAUCGCACAGCUUCCGAAAUGAUGCUGAAGUUCGGCAGAUUUGGGGAGUAUUUGCGUUUCUAUAAAUCAGUUCUGCACCACAAGUGUUGAAAAUUUUGAUUUGCCAUGGCAGGAUUUGAAAUACGGUCUGUGGGACCCUACAUUCUCGAAGGAACUUUGGGUAGAGGGCAAACCGGGCUCGUGAAACUUGGAAUUAACUGUGUCACCAAGAAGAAAGUUGCAGUUAAAAUUAUCGACCGUACGAAGCUUAGCGAGCAAGUUUUAAGCAAGGUUGAAAGAGAAAUUGCCAUCAUGAAGCUUAUCGAUCAUCCUCAUGUCCUUGGACUAUACGAUGUUUAUGAGAGCAAGAAACACCUAUUUUUAGUGUUAGAACAUGUUUCUGGUGGUGAGCUUUUUGACCACCUGGUCAAGAGAGGAAGGCUUCCUCUGGGAGAGGCAAGAAGAUUUUUUGCCCAGAUGAUCUCGGCUGUUGAUUUUUGUCACAAGCAUUGUGUUUGCCACAGAGAUUUGAAGCCUGAGAACCUUCUUCUGGAUAAAAAGAUGAAUAUAAAAGUUGCAGACUUUGGAAUGGCAUCUUUACAGGUUGGAGAUAAUGCCAUGCUUGAGACCAGCUGUGGGUCUCCACAUUAUGCUUGCCCAGAAGUCAUUCGAGGUGAAAAAUAUGAUGGUCGAAAAGCAGAUGUUUGGAGCUGUGGCGUUAUCCUCUAUGCUCUGCUUGUUGGAGCACUUCCUUUUGAUGAUGAAAAUUUAAGAAAUCUGUUGGAGAAAGUGAAGAGGGGACAUUUUAGCAUCCCAGUCUUCAUACCAACUGAUGUUCAGGACAUGAUCCGAGGGAUGAUCAAUGUAGACCCAGCGAAAAGACUUACAAUGGAGGAUGUGAAGAAGCAUAGUUUUCUUAACAGUUUUAAAGAUGAACUGCCUUUGGAGCCUCACGUUGUCGACAUUGUCAAGACGGAAGUUAUCCCAAGUAAAGAUGAAAUUGACCCUGAUGUGGUACACAGUAUGUCUUCCUUGGGUUGUUUCAAGAAUAGAGAGAGACUUCUUCGUAACCUCUUGAAGCAAGAAAAGACGAUAGAAAAAGUCAUCUACUUCAUGCUACUGGAGAGGAAAGAGAGAUCACCGACUCACGAGGAUUCUGCAGUGGCGACGAUAAAGAAUUUGAAAGAAAUUUUGGAAGACGCCCCAAGGAAAAGAGUCGACUCCUGUGGAUCUCCCAGAUUACAACGACCAAGAAAAACGUCUCUGACCGCUUCACCGCCUGUCACUCCAAGGACAAGAGCUGAAACCUAUUCCGGGGUCGUAAGUCCUUUGGUACAAGUGAGUCCCCGACAUCAGCCGUAUACCGUGCAACAACAAGAAAGUCCCUUGUCUACCCCUCCUGAAUCACCCACGCACCACGCCACCUCACCACCAGGUAGCCCCUGGCGGACACGACUUGCCACUUUUAAGAACGCGAUUGUGAGCUCGCCAAGAUUCCACAGAAAAAAGUUAUCGAAUUGCGUAGAAAACAGCCCAGUGUCCGCCUCGCCUGACUCGUCUCCUGACAUCGUUAAACGUUCAUGGUUUGGUCAUUUAGUGUUAGGACACCACAACUCGCACUCGAAACACGAGCCUUUCUUUAUCGUCACAAGAGAAAAGCCUUUCAGCACUGUUAAAGCGGAUGUUGUCCAUGCAUUUUUAUCAGUCAGCCAUUUAACUCACUCCGUUCUCUCACAAAACGGCUUUAAGGCAGAAUACAAAAAACCAGGAGGAAAGACCAUGUUUAAUAAGGCGGUCCGCAUAUCUGUGAAUAUAAGUCCGACAGACCAAAGUAGAGCAGAUAAAAGUUCCGUUCACACGGUCUCGAUAGUUCUUGAGUCAGGACCGGUUCAUCGUUUUAAGAAAUUAUGCGAGAAACUCCAGCUCAUUCUCUUGUCGAACGCAAGACGAAGCACUAGUAACUGCCGCGCGGAAGAAGAGAACGCCGACGAAAAGUCCCUAUCAGAUGACAAAAGGUCUUGUUCUGAAAACUCUAAGCUACACCUCGCUCAGUUAUCAGAUACUGAAAGUGAAGGCGAGCUUUUGGAAGGUAAAGACAGACCCAGAAAAAACGAGAACACUUUGAAGAAGACCGUCAAUGGAGGCAAUAGUGAAAAGUUAGUUUGAAAAAUCAAAAUAUGGAAAAGAUGGAGAGGGUAUCCUUAACAAAAUCGAAACCUAGACGAAAGUCAAGAAAUUUGUGGGAAGAACGAAUUGAAGAAAAAAGGGAAAAGAAUUGUCAAGAAUGAAAUUACACACAACCGCUGAGGGUGUAGAUCCACCAUAAUAAAUGCAGUUAGUAUCAAGGAAUUUUAAAAUUGUUGAUGAAAGCGAAGAAGCGCACUCAGUAUUUAACAGUCGAAUGAUUCAGUGAGGGUGAAAAUUAUUUAUUUAUUACUGUAAAUCCACUACAAUUGAAUUAAGAUUUUUUAUGAAAACUAUUUCAAUCUUAAAGGGAAAAAUUUACGAAACCUACUGUCGAAAACGGACAACAGGCGGAUCGAAUUCAAUUAGAGAAAAGGCAAGCACCUCGUAACCUUUAACAUCGCAAUGUUUGAUGAGUGGUUCCCAAUUGUAGGUGUUAUUCAUUUCUGUGUACAGUGAAACCGCUAUCAAGCGGACGCGGACACUAAAAUGAAUUGUAUUUGAAUAAUUUCUAUUGUUAAAAACCUCUAUUAAGCGGACAUCCUCGGAACAUUUUCUAGUGUCCGCUACAAUUUAUUUUAGUGUCCGCGUCCGCUUAACAGAGGUGUCCACUGAAUUGGGGUUCGUUGUAAAAGGAAAUAUAAGACAUUUGUUUCCGAAUUCGGCUUGGUGUUCGCUUAAAUGAAGUAUCACUGUAAUAAUUUAAAUCGAGAUAGAACUUACUUGCCGAUCCAUGUGUCUGUUCUCAUCACCUCUUUGUUCGGUGCUGUUUUGGAAUCGUAAGGGGAAGCUAAUAACGUGUACCUCUGGAGGCAAAAUUAGUGUUAUUUAUGACGAUGGGUAAAAGUGACGAUGAUGAUGAGUAUGUUGAAUACGUUGAUGGUUACGACGAUGAUGACGUUGUUGGUGACGUGAGUGAUGACUGCGUUGGUAACGGUGAUGCUGAUGAGUGAUUAUUUCGUAUGAUGUUGACGUUGAUCGUGACGUCAGUGAUGACAAUUAUAGUAGUUAUGAUGAUGACGUUGACGAUAAUGUUUAUGAUGUGAUGAUGAUCAUACUUCCAAAUUGAGACGCAUUUCUUACUGUCAGAAAUGAUUAUGACGUUGACAAUGAAGUAUGACGACAGCUACGUCUAUCAGCAGCACUGUAAAAUGUUACAAAUGAAAUUUCCAAGUGGAUGGCUCGAUAAAGUCUAUCGGAGGUUUACUUAGAAGUUAACAGUAUGAGAUAUCUUUAUGAUUCAAUCCUAAACCCUUUCAUGUUCAGAUGUUAAAAAAAAACUUGGUUGUCUUGUACUAUCCACUUCGAUUUGAUAAAAUUUUACAACUAAUUAUCUCAGGACAGGUUGCGUGAAAAAGCCUCUUUUUCUAUUUAAUUAGGUCUGCCUAGUUUAACGAGCUUUAUUUAAAAGAUGGCAUGAUUUUGAAAACCGAAGCAGCUUGUCCCAAACUAGACUUUGUUAUUCACUCGUUUUGUAAGAAUUUCACACUCUGGUAAUUCUUCGACCAUUUUUCGGAGCCUUACGCAAUCACCACGGCGACGCUGAGAGAACUGGUGUUUAAAAAAUGAACUUAAGUUCCCCUUUGCGAGUUUCUCUUUCAUCUUGCUAUCUUUAAUGGCGUCAGACCUCAUCUUCAGCGUAGGAUCUAAAGGAGUCGUUCGAGUUCCAAGUGGAAGCUUGAAUGAUUUGUUGUAGGGGCUCCCAUUCUUGGACCACGCAAUAUUGUGUGAUUGCAUGUUUUAUCGCAGCAGAUAGAUAGGAAUUGUACAAAGAUCUAAAAGGGGUGUGUAGAGCUAUUAUUCUGUCCAUUAAACUAGGUUUCAUCGCGUUCUUGUUGCCAUUGCCGUCCUGGUUUGCCUAAGGUUCCCAAAGAGUGAACUCCGAGAUCAUCGUUGUAAACGUGGUUGACUUUACACCUAUGUUGCCAAAUGAAACGGCUCUGUGAUUCAUGCAAGUUUUCCGCCGAAAGUGUUAGCACCUGGUAGCUAAAUUUGGCAGACAAAAAUUUAUUCCCUUUUUCCAAAUUUCCAUGUGAUGAUUCAUUUGAGAGGAUACAAUUGCUUUGUUUUAUACAAAGCCCCUUAUAUUUCGCUGCGUGUGGUGGAAUAAAUAAUCUUAACCUCCUAGAGGAGUCAUCUCCUGAUGAGUAUUGAGUGACGACUACAGUGCUGGAACGUUUGUCAAAUUUGUUUAUGGCGCUUCUAGGAACACGUUAACCCUUUAAAAUUUGGGUUUGAAGGUGCUCGGAGUUCAUCCUCCCUCAUUAUAACCAGUCAGUCUACUCUUUGUAAUUAGUUCACUCGUACCCUAUGACUCUACUCAAUCUAUUGUAAACAUUUACUCAAUUCAA